GCAUUAUCUUUCUUUGAUGAUUCUAUACCACUAGAGGUAAAGCGUCAGAUGGUAAAAGCCUUAAAAAAAAAAGCGACAAAAUAUCCGGCCAAACGAUUGAUAAUUAAACCAAACCAAAUAGAUGAUAAAUUUAUUGAAAAAAAUAUUGACGCAUUUAUAACAGAAGAAAGCUUAAAACUAUUUUCCCGAUUUAACAUUGAUGACGGAUUCUUAAAACAUGAUCCGACUUUUUGGGAAUCUAGUGAAAGUUACAUAAAUGGUAAAAAAAUUAUUAAUUCAUUAAAAAUAGUUAACGAUACUGCAGAGAGAGCCGUGAAGUUGAUGGAAGAAUACAAUUCUACACUCACAUUAGAUGAAGAACAAAAACAAUUUAUACUAAAAUGUGUACAAGAACAUCGGAAAAUUUAUCCAGAUUGUAAAAAAAGCACCUUACAACAACAAUAUUAAUUUUCAUUAUUCUAUAGAAUUUUUUUUUAUGAUAAAAAUAUUUCAUUUUUUUAAUAUAUAUUAUAAAACAUUAACAUAAUUAUUAAUUAUUCUAUAACAUUGUUUAUUAUAAUUAAUCGUUACUAUGUUGCUCGUAUUUCCAAAGAUAUCGUGUUUUUUUAGAGUCAAAUCAAUAUAAUUCACGAACCAUUAGAGAUAUGAAAAAAUGUAAUAAAAUAAAAGUUAUAGCAAAUUUAAUUUACUUUAAAAUAUGUAGUAUUAAAAAUAUCAAUAUUUC